AGUGUUAUCAGUUAUUUUUGUAGUAUAAUUGUAUAGUGUAACCUUAAUCGCCUUUGGAUCGCCAGCGUUAGAUUUUUGUAUCAUAAACAAACCUUAAACUAACUGUAUAUGUAUAAACAUUUAGAUACAUAUGUUGAAUAUUGUGAUUUGUGUACCUAAUUAUAAUUGCCAUAUUUUUAUUGAAAGUGAACAAUUUUGAUAAUAAUACUUAAUCAUCAACACUCAGUAGAUUUCUCCAAACAUAAACGAUUUCUACCGAAGCCAUAAUGGCGGCUAUGGUAUUACCCGAACUAUUUGCACAACAAACACAGUUCUUUAUUCAUAAUACAAAACUACUGUUAUCCAAACACAAACAUGUUAUAAAUUGGAGAAAAAGUCCGUCUAUUUUAGAGUUUGGUUUCGCAGAUGGAAGUAACUCCAAGAAUUGUUUACAACCCAUAAUUCCUCCAGACUAUAAAGAAUUUAUAGGUGCCGAUGUUUCCAAACCUAUGGUUGAUUAUGCAAGAAAACAUGUUGCAUUACCACGAUCAAAUUUUUGUCAGUUAGACAUUGCUACAAAGAGUGUUCCUAACGAGUUAAAAGAUAGAUUUGAUCAUAUAUUUAGUUUCUUUACUAUCCAUAUGAUAAAGUCUCCCAGGCUAGCGUUUCAAAACAUCCACAGAAUGUUAAAAAAAGGAGGACAAACUUUUCAUAUAUUAUACGAACGCAUACCAGCUGAUGCAGUUUUUCAAAAACUAAGUCAGCAUCCAAGAUGUGGAAAAUGUAACCAAGAACUGAUGAUAUCUCCCUACUUUGAAAAGGAAAAUCCAAGACAUCAAUAUGAGAAGGAUUUAAAAGAGGCUGGAUUUCCCGAGUUUUAUUUCCAAGAGCACAGAAAUUUGACAUAUACUUUUCCAAACGAAAAAUCUCUUAAAGAUCUGUUUAUUUCUAUAAAUGCAACCUUACCGUAUGUACCUGAAAGCGAAGUUGAAGAAUACAAGAAGGAUUAUCUAGAUAUAGUAAGACAACGUAUGAAGCGUGCUGCAGAAGAAAAAGUCAUUCCCAAUGAUCUUACAGCUAAAUAUACUUUAUUUGUAAUAUCUGCACACAAACAAUAAAUACAUUAUUUUAAAA